UGAUUCUUGGUUUGCAUCUUUGGUUCAAUUAUAUAAUUUAUUUUUUGGUUUGCAUCUUGUUAGCUGGUCUUCUGAUUCUCCGUUUACGUUGCUAUCAACGAUAAUUUGGAAUGUUUAUCUUAUUUUAAACGGGUCUUAGAUGAAUACUUGGAGAUGGAUGGCUGCUUCUUCAAGGGCCUGUAGUUGCACUAAGAUUUUUUCUUCUGGGAUUAAUCGAGGCUUUUAUCAAGCAUAUUGGUACCCCGAUAGACCUUCGUUUCCAUAAAAUGGGUGAUGGAUUAUAUGUGAUUAUACCUUCCCUUUUAAAGCGUAUCUGAUGUCCUAAAGAAAGGUGCCUGUUUCCUAGUCUCUAUGCAAUAAGGGCUUGGGAUACUACACUCUGAUGUACUCUUUCUAGUCGGGAUAUCAAGUUUAUUAUUUGGGUUUCUUUCUUAAAUAAGCAUUUGGAGUGAACUUAGAUAAUCACUAAUCAUACUUGGUUUCCCACUUUACAGUUUGCUAUUUUCAUAGGCUAAGGAAGAAAGAAAGAAAGAUGAAUGGUGUGUUUUGGGGAAUAUUGAUUACUUGUUAUUGUAUAAAAUCGAUGAAAGCUUGUUUUGCAAAAUAAUCUGGAUGAUGGUUGUUGAGUAAGUUCUGCACUAUGAGGAAAUUAGAUACUUGUGUCCUGAGUCUGACUGUGAAAAAGAAAAGAUAUUUUUAAGGGAGGUUUUCAGGAUGAUUCGUGUGAAUUUAGCAUGGUGUACAAUAACUUCCACAUUUGUAAAGAGAGCCUCAAGGAAAGUCUAUAAUGACUACCAAGAUAAGCUUGAUAUUCUUAAGCAAACUUAUGAGCUGGAUAGACAGCUUCAUGACGGCAGAGCAUCAGCCUUGAUAUGCAGAGGAAUAUUAGCUUACUCUCUUCAUAGGCUUUUUAAAAGCUUUAUUUUGUUUAGUAAUUUUCUUUGUUAGCUGAGUUGUUAGCUUUUAGCAGAUUGGCAUUUAUUUUCUCCUGUAUGUUACAUUUGUGGAAAAGGGAUAAAUGCUAGGAAGACAAGGGAGAUUCGUGCUUAACUGUGACAAAAAAUUUAAAAGCAAUGGAAAACAUGAAAGGCGCCUUCCAAAUAAAUCAGUUGUGUUAUACUGAUGGGUCAUAGCUGGGCAUGGGGAUUUAGUGUGCUCAGUGAGUAUGUUAGGUUUCUAUUUUGUGGGCACACCAUCUAUUCAUUUUAAAUAUGUUAGCUUUGAAAAAUUAUGGUUGCUGUUGCAAUUGACUUGGUUGAGUUGAUAGCUACUUCUCAUUCUCUGAACUUCAGUAUGUCCUUUCUAAGUUUCCACAAAGCUGAAGCUACAUUUCUGGACAUGGUUUGAGGUUAACUAUCUAAGUUUUAUAGGAUAAAUGGGUGAUGAUAUUGAAGACGAUAAUUCAUAUCCUAAGCCUGUUGGAAGAUGGCCUGUUUUCUAUUAUGGCGUGGGCCACAUGCUAAAUGACAUCACUGCUGCAUGUUGGUUUACUUAUCUCUUAUUGUUCUUAACCGACAUUGGGCUGUCUCCGAGAGAUGCUGCUACAGUAAUGCUUUCGGGUCAGAUAGCUGAUGGAUUUGCUACCAUAUUUGCUGGUGAACUGAUAGACAGGUUUGGACAUUUCAAAGUAUGGCAUGGUGCAGGAUCUGUUUUGGUCGCCAUUUCAUUUUCUUCUGUUUUUGGCGGUUGCUUUCCUUGUAAAAUCUUGGGAACAAAUUCGUCAACAAUAGAAACAGUUUCUUAUAGCAUCUUUGCUGCGAUUUUCAAUGUGGGUUGGGCUGCUACUCAAGUUUCACACAUGUCUAUGGUGAACUGCAUCUCCCUGAAUUCUACCAGCAGGGUGGUGAUGGCAAGCUGUCGAAAUGCUUUUACAAUGGUUGCCAAUCUCAGCCUCUAUGCUAUUGCUUUAACAAUAUUCAAUGUCUCCAAAGCAGAAACACAUGCUGAUAUUCAGAAUCAGUACCGUUGGAUUGCUUACUUGUCAAUUUGUUUUGGGUGCUGUUUUGUGGGAAUUUUUCAUCUUGGAACCAAGGAGCCAAGAUUAAAGAUAAGUUUACACGAAAUUAGUUGUGCAAGGAUAUCAUGGACUUACUGGUUCAAGAAAAUUUUAUACUAUCAAGUUGGGCUUGUCUAUGUUCUUACCAGACUUGUACAAAAUGUUUCACAGGCGUAUCUUGCAUUCUAUGUGAUUAAUGAUUUACGAAUGGCCCAAUCAGCUAAAGCAUUGGUGCCUGCAAUCAUCUACAUCAGCAGCUUUGUCAUAUCUGUCAUUAUGCAGGAAAUAUCUUGGACUGGACAACGCCUGAAAGCCUAUUACUCUGCUGGUGGCAUUCUUUGGAUGUUUUGUGGUGCAAGCAUCCUUCUUUUACCUAGAAGCAUGAGUGCUUUCAUGUACAUCAUUUCCAUAUUUAUUGGAAUAGGGAAUGCUCUAAUGACGGUAACUGGAGUAAGCAUGGAAAGUGUUCUAGUUGGUUCUGAUCUUAAUGGCUGCGCCUUUGUUUGUGGAUCUCUUGGCUUCUUAGACAAGAUUUCUUGUGGGCUUGCUCUGUAUGCUCUUCAGUCUUUUCAAACCAUCUCACCGAAAGUCCAGGAUAACUUGUCCAUAGAACAUAUAUCAGUCACAAGAUUUGGUUUGGGUCUGGUUCCAGCUUUCUGUUCACUUGUUGGUGUGGGUGUGACAUACAGUAUGAAACUCCAUACAGCCUAUCCCAAACCCUUGAUUGAACCACUUUUGGAGUAACAAUGCACUAAAGGCCUACUUGUUUCCAACCUAACAGAGCGCACCCAGGAAUUCCACAUAGCUAGAGACUUAAAAUUUUAGAAUUUUCAGGUUAGUUCCACCAUGUCGUGGUUUGGUUUGCUACAUGCUGUACCUUCUGGAAGCAAUAGUCAAUAUUUGUUCUAUGCUUAUAGGAUAUUAAUCAUAGUAAUUCAUUUGCUAAAUGGUUAGUUGAUAGUAAUUUAUAAUGUAACAUUAUAGAAAAAAUUGUAUAAAGUCAUAGGGCAUUGAUUUUAGUAAGAGAGGAAAUUUACAUCCACCUUGUAAUAACUGUCAUAUUGAUAUAAAUGCGUUUCUUUUUUCAUCUUAA